AUGCCCGUGUACGCUAGUAUUGGAGCGACGGCACGUCCCAGAGAGGGAGGGCUAGACAACACUUUGAACCCAGUUGCUAGCAAUGGACGUGCUCGUGGUCAAGCAAUCUGCGAACAGUAUAAUUAUGGCGGUCGCAGCCACCCAUUUGCUCAUCACUUCGCACAGUAUCUACAACAUCAACAAUCGCAAGAACCACUUCAGCCUUCUCAAUCCUACUUCAGUGCAAGUACUUUCAUCGCUAUCAUGCAAUUCUCUUUGAUCCGCAACCUCACCCUGGCCGUUCUGGCGGGUUCAGCAGUGGCUCUUCCUGCCAUUACUCAAGAUGCUGGUAGCUUAGCCAAUGUUGAGGCGACCCAAACCGAUGUUGAGGUGAGUCAAUCUACAGUUCUUUCGCUAGAAAUUCAGUAUCGAUUGGAAAAGCUAAGCAGUAAACAGGCCCCAGUCAUGCUCGAGAAACGGAUUAUUCCCGCUAUAGCCUUGCUCCAAGUCAUUGGAGGCAAGCUCUUUGCUGGUGUAAUGAGUGCGGCCAUCGAGCGCGCCAAAGACGCCCUCGCACCCUCCGCGGACGACUGGAAAAAUUUCGACGAGGCUCGCACAGCCUUUAUGCAGGAUCAUAUUCCUGAUCUUUACAACAACCGAGUAUCAGGCACAAAGGGUGUUAUUUGCAUGAAUGGACCCUACUCUACUAGUCCUGGUGCUGUGUUUGAAGGACCCGCUACUGAGAAAUUCUCAUGGGAUAUUUACCACACCACCUGUAAACUAGUUAUACUAAUGCUGCCUCAAAAAGCUACGCUUGUUUCGAGAUUUAUUCAGGCUCCGUUACUAACGAGGGUGACGGUGGAUGGAUCAAUUGGGGUGCGGAAGGCUGUUCUAUCAACGGCCAUACCAUCAGCUGUUAAAAAGGCACUUAGUCGCUCUCAACUAUUGUCGCAAGCAUAA